AUGCGCUCGUUCACUCUUUUGGCCUUAGUCGGCGGAGCCGCUGCAUCUCCUGCCGUCAACUUCAACGCAGCCUUCUGCUCUGCGGUUACGAACGUCAUUUCUGCUGCCAAGCAGCAAGCUACGGCGACGUCGUUUUGCUCCUCAUACCUGUCUAUACCGCUGAAGACGACUACGGUCACAUCGACCACUUACACUUCAACGUAUACAGGUGUCUCAACAAAGACUACGACGACUCAAGUGGUUAUCGCUCCAGUAGUCACCGACAUGGCCAUUGCCUCGACUACUUCUUUCACCACGACGACAUUCACCGAUACCUCAACCACAACCACCGAUACCACUUCCGUCCUUGCCACGUCGACAGUCUCUUCCUGCUCGGACCCAUUGAACCCGCCAUCCAAGCUCAAGCAGCGAGCUCUCGCUCCAAUCGUCAAGCCAACUGCGUUGACGUCCUAUGCCCUCGGAGCACCAGUCUCUUCGGCUUGUAGCUGCCUUUCCAUUGCUCCGUCUACGACUACGGUCACUUCGGUGACGUCUUUGGUUAAGACUGUUUCUACUACGACUAGUGUCGGGACAACAACCACAACAACCCCCCACACCACCUCAACCAGCAUCUCAACCCUCAUCUCCGCCAUCAGCACAACAACCACAACCUGGACCAGCGUCCAGGCAACAACCACAACGGGCACCACAACCAUCGUCUCCCUCCCGACCUUCAAAAUCGAAGUCGUCGGCGGCUGGAACCAAGGCUCUUACGCCCAAGUCCAAUCCUACGGCUCCAGCCUCGGCGUCGCCCUCUCCGGCGGCGCCUCCUCCUCCGCCUCGACCUUCUACCUCUCCGGCACGAACCUCGUCAUCGCAGAUGGCGCCAACGCCGGCGAUAUCGCGGAAGAGGAUCCCACCAAGUACAGCGGCGACACGGAGCUGGUCAUGUUCGACGACGUGGCGGAUGUCGCGGCGAAUGCCAAUGCGGAUGUGCUGCAGUGUAGUAUUGCGUAUGAGGCGGCGGAUGGGAGUUGUCCGUUGACUUGUGCGGUGCAGGGCGGGACGCUCAAUUUUGAUUGUGGGACUUGGUGGAGGAUUCAGCAGCCGGGGUUGGAUCAGUAUUGUAGUAAUACUUUUAGGACGUUUGCUUUGUGA